AUGCUCCUUCGUCAGGGGAAGAUUGAGGCGCUGACAGACAUGCGCCUGGGCGUGGACGCGGUUUUCUGGCUGCGGUCGUUGGCGGGUUUGAAGGAUCCGCUGGCGGAGGCGAUUGGCGGGCUGCCGCCCUCGUUGUUUGCUGUGCUUUCUCAGCAAGUGGCGCUGUUCAAAGACCACAAGAUUCCGACCUUCUUUGUGUUUCAGGGCCUGCAGCCGCGGUCGCACAUGCUUUUCUCCUCGCAGAUUCACCAGCAGAUCGACGAAGGGUGGAUGCUGUACGCGCACGGCGGGAGUCAGGCGGCGCUCUCCAAGUUUGCGCACGCGACGAGUCGCAUCAACUCGGACUUCGUGCAAUUUUCUUUCCACUUUUUGAAGAGCCGCGGGUGCGAGUGCUUACAGGCGCCCUUCUUCGCGACGGCGCAGCUUGCGUACUUCGCCGAGCACAACUUCCUCGACGCGAUCUUGGGGCCACCCUCUCUGCUGCUGUUUGGCGUCCCGCGCGUCAUCGUGAACAUCGACUGGGCGCGCGGCACCUUCGAGUGGGUCGAGCUGGAGCAGCUGCUGAGCACCUGGAACGUGACGCGCGAACAGUUCAUGGACGCCUGCCUCCUCGCUGGAACCGAGUACUGCCUCACCUUCCCCUAUCUCAACCUCUCGCAGUUCCACCAGGGGAAAAGCCACUUCUCCUUUGGAACCGCCGUCGACUUUGUCAAACAGGCUCCCCUCGUCUCCUACAUGCAACACUUUCCCAAUGAGGAGAUGAAACACGACCACGUCGACGGGUACUGCGUGUGCAAGACGCUGUUGCAGUAUCCCCUCGUAAUUCAGCUAUCCGCCACUGUGGCGCCGUUCGUCUCGUCUUCCUCGGGCAGCCACCCGCGGUCGCCUGCGCUUCCACGGGACUUCCACCGUAUAGUCGGGCACCGGCUGCCAUUCUCGGUUUACUUCCUCAUGGCUCAAGGCAUUCUUUCGCGUAAAAUCCCCUCUGUGCUAGCUCUCGGCGAGUGGAUUGACUUCUCGCACCCCUGCGUCGACUCCAUCGAGUACCGCGACCUGCUGAACGACGUCAGGGAAUACAGAUGCCGCGCUCUUGGUUUGAUUGCGAUGCGUUUGCACGAGGACUAUCGGACGCGCAGCAUCCGCUUUAGCCGGUAUACGUGCUCUUUGGCGGGGCGUCGAGACAGCGAGGUAGAGUCCCUGCCGCCCAAGAUCGACGGAACGGUCUCGCGGUGCUGGUUGAUUGACGCUGAGGCUGUGCAGAAGGAGCUGCGGCGGCAGAACUGCUCCAAGGUCGACCUGAAGUUCUGCCUGAACUGGCAUGCGCAUGCGCAGGAGAACGGCAUCCCGCUGUUCGAUGAACGCGCAGACUACCUCUCGGAAACCGCGCCGCCGGCCAUGAACCAGCAGGACUCCCAAAGUCUGCUUGCGCUGGUUCACUUCAUGCUACUGGACAACCUGAGCUACUUCACCGAGCAGGGCGAAACCACGGUCUUCGGCUCUGCCUUGAUGAACGCGCCUGGCGAACUCCAGGAAGACAUGCUGUUCGUUUUAGAGUUGCUCAAGUUCGGUCUGCUGACGGGCGACGUUUUGGAAGCCCCGAAGGACCGGCCUCAUCCGGUGGGAGUGCAGCUCCUCCGGCGUCCCGACACGCCCCCUGAGAAGAGAAGAAGCAUUUUGCUUCUCUCCCGCAUCUGCUCGCUGUACCCCAUGCGGCUGCAUGUCGGAAGUCACUGGCAAGGAGACGUCGACUUCGACUUGGCUGCGUAUUCGUCCAUCAUCAAAAUCCUCAAGCGCUCCCUGCGGCAGCUCACGGAAGCCUGCCUCGGGAGCGUGCUUCUCAGAGACCUCACCAAGGUGAGGCAGCUGCCUGAUGGGUACUUCAGCCCUGUCAACCCCAAACUCCCCUGCGUGUUCUUGUCGCGCAACUGCAUGGGCAUCGUCCUAAAGUUCUUUCUCGAGUACAUCCCCAUGGAUGCUCCGGUAGCCGCGCCCCAGCCUGCGGCCGCAUCUUCGGUUUCACCCAACUCGCCUCUUGGGAAAUUCGAGGCAUGCACCCGUAUGUGGUUCCCAUGCUGUGAGAAUCCACUCGGCGACUUGUGCAAAGCUGUCUGGUUUUGGCAUGAAAUCGCCGGCAUGAUCAACCAACUCAAUGCCUCCAUAGACGUCAGUGAACUUAAAGGUGACGUGGAUGCCGCGACAGAUCUUCUGAUGAGGCAGUGCAGACUCGUUGGGCUGGACACUCACCCUGAGUUUCCUCGUCUGUAG